CUCUCAGAUCUGCCGGAAUGAUAUUUUGAAGUGAACGUAAACCGUCGAAGACGCUAAACAACAACAGAGCAGGUUCAACUCGAGGUAUGCACCAUAGAAAGCACCAUCAGGCAAACGACUAUCACCAGCUUCCGUAAGAAAUCCAUCUCAAUUGUAUUGAGUUUCAUGCCCUCUCUCUUCCKAUACCCGAAGAAACAUUUUGAUGCUGCGACAGUGAUGUGUGCUACGACGGCAGUGGUGAUGUGAGGUUAUUUUGCUCUCACCUCACAAGCUACUGCAAUGGCUGAUUCAUCUUUUUGCUAUUUKCUUUUCUUUUGUUUUAUUUUGCCGAUGCAGUGUGCAAACGAGCCACAGCACAGCUAAGACCAGGCCAAACAUUGGUAGGGAACWACACAAGAUGGUCUCUCGACAACAAUAUUCAUCCCUAAUCCCUAUUCGAACUUUUUCAAAUGCGGGAUUGUUUGUUUUAUCUGGAUGCAUGCAGCCCUUGCUCGUCACAUUACUGACAGAGGCGGUAAGAUUCUGCAUUCGUUCGUAUGCCAACACAAGGAUUCGCUCGAAGGAGUUUGGAGAAUUCUAUUGGUUCUAUUGCGCGAUAUUUAUCUCUUUGGAAUAUUUGUUUUGUUCCUCGUUCUCACRUAUUUGCUUUUUUUGGUACUCGAAUUGCAUCGUUUCCUAGGGGCUCRCGAAUCCCAAGUGCCAGUUUUUUAUGGUUUUCUAUUACGUAAUGCCUGCAAUGUACCUUCUACCCAUUGUUUUUAACGACAAACAACAGCAAUGGCCUCAUCGAAAUACUAUCUUWAAAGCUUCCGGGUAAGCUACUGCUAGCAAGUCGRUCUCGUAUUGCCUUCUCACUUGUUCUCCACGCACGUGUACAUUGUAUUUUUGCGCGGAAUCAGCUCAUUCGCCUGGUGAAUGUUCUUGCGAUUUGAUUGAAUACUGGGAAACACGACGGUCGUUAAACUAACUAUUUCUGUCCCCGUGCCAGAGCUGCUCUCUGGGACAUAGCMUCUCAGUCUUUGAAUUACACGGGAGCGACAAUGUCAGGU